CAAUCUGCGUAAAGCGAAAACAGAUACCAAAGGACUAUUAUCAGAAUUGAUGGCGGCGAAGAGAAUCAGUGGAGCCGGGAAAUCCGGCGGCGGAGAUCCAAACAUCUUGUCAAGGAUCUCCAAUUCCGAGAUCGUGUCUCAAGGAAGACGCGCGGCGGGAGACGCCGUCGGUGUAUCGAAGAAACUUCUCUGGAGCACGGGAAAAGCGGCGUGGAUCGCCGGCACGACGUUUCUCAUCCUCGUUGUUCCGUUGAUCAUCGAGAUGGAUCGUGAGGCGCAGCUCAACGAGAUAGAUCUUCAGCAGGCAAGUCUACUCGGAGCUCCGGCGACUGCGACUCCUAUUCCAAGGGGAUUGUAGAAGAAAGACUCCUUGCAACGAUGUUGUUUGAGCUCAAUUUAGGGUUCUCUGUUUUACUAGUUUUAUGUUAUGUCUUUUAUUAUAUCGGAUUCGAAUUUCGUAUAAGAGUGGCUUUGCUUUACACAUCUUGGAUUCUCAUAAAGUUUCGACUUUUUGUAAUAUCAUCUUGAGAUUGAUUUGGCAAUCGAUAAUUCUGAUUUCUAUGGAUGAAUAAUUCGUAAUAGCAAUAAAAUAUAUGACCAUUAGGCGAU